AUGUCACACGGAGACGAUCAGCAAUCCCAGGCUCUUGCCAAACCUACUUUCAGUGACGUACAAGCCUCUGCAUUAGUGGAAUCGGUAUUUGGGUUAAAAGUUUCCAAGAUCCGGCCACUUCCCAGCUAUGAUGACCAAAACUUUCAUGUGUGCAUUUCGAGUGCCAAAGACACCGCAGAUGAGCCAACAGAGUACGUCCUUAAGAUAAGCAACACCGAGUCCAGCAGGAGCCCGGAGCUGAUUGAAGUGCAGAGCCACGUCAGCAUGUUCCUGAGAGCUGCCGGCUUCCCCACGGCCUCUGUGCAUCCAACUGCAGGAGGCCACCUCAGCUCUCUCGUGUCCAUAGAUGGCGGCUCUGGAGUCGCAGGCUACCUGCUGAGGCUGCUGUCCUACCUCCCGGGGACGCCUGUGGCCGAGAUCCCCAGCAGCCCCCAGCUGCUAUACGAGGUCGGGAGGCUCGCCGGCAGACUGGAUGAGACCCUGCAGAAAUUUCGUCACCCAAAGUUAAGUCAUCUUCGUCGGGAGAACUUCAUUUGGAAUCUGAAAAACGUCCCUCUUCUGGAGAAGUACCUGGACGCCUUGGACCAGAGCCGAAACCGGGAGAUUGUCAUACAGGUCAUCCAGCUGUUCAAGGACGAAAUCCUGACCAAACUACGUCACUUCCGAGAGUGCAAAAUAGGGUUUGACUCUACCUCUGGACUGCUCAUCACAGCUGAGUGGCGGUGCCCCAGGAAUAGGAAACGGGCAGAGAAGGAGCUGGGGAAUUUCAUGUUUGCCCGUGGCUUGAUUUUUCUCCUUGUAGGUGUCAAUCAUGGAGAUCUUAAUGACCAUAAUAUUUUAGUGGAGCCCAGCAAGUCAGCCUUUGGCAAUGCCGUGUACCACGUGUCUGGCAUUCUGGACUUUGGUGACAUGAGCUACGGCUACUACGUGUUCGAAGUGGCCAUCACCAUCAUGUACAUGAUGAUUGAGAGCAAGAGUCCGCUGCACGUGGGAGGUCACGUCCUUGCAGGCUUUGAGAGCGUCAUCCCGCUGACGCCCGUGGAGAGGAGCGCCUUGUUUCUGCUCGUGUGUGGGCGCUUUUGCCAGUCCCUGGUCAUCGCGGCACACUCUUGCCAGCUACACCCAGAGAACAAGGACUAUCUCAUGAUUACUGCGAAAACCGGCUGGAAGCGCUUGCAAGAGAUGCUUGACAUGGGCCGGAAGGCUGUGGAGGAAAUCUGGUUUGAAACUGCCAGGUCCUAUGACUCGGGGGUCUCCAUGUGACUCAGGGAAACUUCACGUGAGCUCCGAUCAUGGAAAACCCAAGGAGACCAAAUCAAAUUCUAUGAAAGUUUUUCCUGCUCUGUGAGAAAUGAACUCACGGAACAGACCAGUGCCUGUGGAACCACGAAGGCCUUCCAGCGAUCUCAGGACCGCUACUUACAUGUAUGCAAGUGCCCAUGAGCAGGUGCGUCCCUCUGGGGUCCAGCUUGCCUUGUGGGUAGAACAUGCAGAAGGGUGGUUUUGAGUCAGAUCAUCUCUCAAGGACUAUCCAGCCCUGAGCUCAGUGACUGUGCUAAACUUUAAAAGGAACACACGUGUAUGGAUAGAUUCAUGUAUUUUAAAUAAUUGGGUGUAACACAGGGACCUGGUUAACAUAGCCCCAGUUCCGUGAAGCCUCCUCUUGUCCCCCCGCUUCGCUGAAACCCCGCUGUGCUCUGUCUUCAUUGUGGCACAUCACUUGGUAUCGUGGAUUAUGGCCGUCACGUGGGAGCUCUUGGAGGGCAGAGACUAUGUCGAACUAUUUUUUGUCCUUGUCCCUUUUUUAAUACAGCGCUUUCCUCAUGGUUUCAAAAGGUAUUUGUAAAAUGAACGUAUGCUACGAGAAAUGUGUGAGAAGGCACAGACUAAGAGGCAGACAGUAUUCGUAAGAAGAAGGGUUCGCGUGCUUGAGAGGACAGCAGUUGAAACUGGGCCUGGACAGUACUGGACCUGCCUGUAAGCCAAGGGAGACCUCCGGGCAAGGCCGCGGACUCCUGAGUGAGGGGCCCGAACAUCACUUCGUUUUCAGCUUGAGACUAAGAGGGUCUCUCAGCAGAUACUGCAAAAUUGCUCUCCUUUGUGGUCCUUUUCAUAUGAACACGUGAUGUCUGUGAACCGCAGCUCCCUGCACACUGACGUGCAUGGUACCACAGUCUCCUUCGCUGAUUUUUCUUCAUGUCUCCCUUCGUGCAAUUCAGUAAAUGGCUUUACUUAUU